GGCUGAACAGCGCCAGGUGCCGGACUCCUCUCGCUCCCGGAAGAGGAGCUAUGAACCCGUAAAGGCUCGCUGUGAGACAGCCGCGGUGGCGGAUACCGCCGAAGCGAAGAGCACCGAGGCCCCUGCGUUCGGGUGGUGCACCAUGGACGAAGCUGGCAGCUCUGCGAGCGGCGGGGGCUUCCGCCCGGGCGUGGACAGCCUGGACGAACCGCCCAACAGCCGCAUCUUCCUCGUGAUCAGCAAGUACACGCCCGAGUCGGUGCUGAGGGAGCGCUUCUCGCCUUUUGGCGACAUCCAGGACAUCUGGGUGGUGCGGGACAAGCACACCAAAGAGUCCAAGGGCAUUGCCUUCGUUAAGUUCGCCCGCAGCUCGCAGGCCUGCAGGGCCAUGGAGGAGAUGCAUGGCCAGUGCCUCGGCCCCAACGACACCAAGCCCAUCAAGGUUUUCAUUGCUCAGUCCCGAUCAUCUGGAAGUCACCGAGAUGUUGAAGACGAAGAACUUACAAGAAUCUUUGUUAUGAUACCAAAGUCCUACACAGAAGAAGAUCUGCGAGAAAAAUUUAAGGUGUAUGGAGAUAUCGAGUAUUGCAGCAUUAUUAAGAAUAAAGUCACUGGAGAAAGUAAAGGUUUGGGCUACGUACGAUACUUAAAACCAUCACAAGCUGCCCAAGCAAUAGAAAACUGUGAUCGAAGUUUUAGAGCAAUCUUGGCUGAACCUAAAAAUAAAGCAUCUGAAUCCUCUGAACAAGAUUAUUAUAGUAAUAUGAGGCAAGAGGCUUUGGGACAUGAACCUAGAGUAAAUAUGUUUCCAUUUGAACAACAAUCUGAAUUUUCAAGUUUUGACAAGAAUGACAGCCGAGGCCAGGAAGCAAUCUCCAAACGCUUGUCAGUUGUAUCAAGAGUUCCUUUCACUGAAGAACAGCUUUUCAGCAUUUUUGAUAUAGUACCAGGAUUGGAAUAUUGUGAAGUUCAACGAGAUCCUUAUUCAAAUUAUGGUCAUGGAGUGGUUCAGUAUUUUAAUGUAGCGUCAGCUAUUUAUGCAAAAUACAAAUUACAUGGAUUUCAGUACCCUCCUGGGAAUCGAAUAGGUGUUUCCUUCAUUGAUGAUGGAAGUAAUGCAACAGAUCUCCUUAGAAAAAUGGCAACACAGAUGGUAGCUGCACAGCUUGCAUCAGUGGUGUGGAAUAACCCAAGUCAGCAACAAUUUAUGCAAUUUGGAGGAAGCUCUGGAUCACAGUUGCCUCAAAUCCAGACAGAUGUUGUACUUCCAUCAUGCAAAAAAAAGGCCCCUCCUGAAACUCCUGUGAAAGAAAGACUUUUUAUUGUGUUUAAUCCUCAUCCUUUGCCUUUAGACGUAUUAGAAGAUAUAUUCUGCCGCUUUGGUAACCUGAUCGAAGUUUACCUUGUGUCAGGAAAAAAUGUGGGCUAUGCCAAGUAUGCCGAUAGAAUAAGCGCGAAUGAUGCCAUUGCCACUCUACAUGGAAAGAUUCUGAACGGGGUGAGACUUAAAGUUAUGCUGGCAGAUUCGCCAAGAGAAGAAUCUAACAAACGGCAAAGAACUUACUGAUUCUUGAGAACAAAGACUAAAUAAUGACAUAAUCCUCAGCUGACUGACUGAAAAUGUGACUGGACGCAUUCCCUGUGGACAGUUGACAGCUUUUUUUUUUCAUAUACCUGAUAGUCUGUGUACAGCAUUGUUUUGUCCGGGAAGUAGGGAUUGCUGACAUGUAUUUUUGAAUCCAUACAUUAAUGCUAAAAUGAAUAUAGUAGUUGUUCCUUAGAGCAAUAUGUUGUUACGUGUAGCAGAAAUAAAGUUUUCUUUGCCUAACUAAA